AUGCGACUUCUCAGCUUCAACGGCAAUCGCCUGGUGUGCACCAAAGAUCUCAUCGACGAGCCUCCACCAUAUGCGAUUCUCUCUCAUACCUGGGGUGGUGAUGAUGAUGAAGUCACCUUUAGCGACAUUACUGCUGAUGGGCUAUCCUACUUCUGGAUAGAUACUUGUUGUAUUGACAAGUCGAAUAGUACAGAGCUUCAAAGGGAGAUCAACUCUAUGUUCCGACUAUACAAAAACGCUGCCAAGUGCUACGUAUAUCUGUCUGAUGUAACAAAACACGGAGAUAUUGACCAUCUCGAUUCCUCACCUAUACCGAGUUGGGAGCCCUCCUUUCGCAAAAGUCGGUGGUUUACUCGGGGUUGGACUUUACAAGAACUCUUAGCCCCCGCGACGGUGGAAUUCUAUUCAUCUGAAUGCGCGCAUCUUGGAAGCAAAGCGUCACUGCUGAGAGAAAUUUAUGAGAUUACUGAAAUCCCAAUCGAUGUGCUUCGAGGACGCCGGCUGUCUCAGAUUAGUAUCGACAAGCGGAUGGCAUGGUCAGAGAAACGUUCGACAACUUAUCCCGAAGAUAAGGCCUACUCCCUCCUGGGCAUCUUUGGUGUCUAUAUACCGCUUAUAUAUGGAGAAGGGCAGGAUAAUGCAUUUGCACGUCUUCGGCGUGCAAUUAAUGAGCAAGAUCACUUUUCUAAAGAGACGAGAGAUCGCCUCCUGGGGUGGCUCCCAUACAUUGACCAGCAACGCUUUUACACCGAAUCCCGAAGCGCUAGGAAACCCAGUGCUAGUACAGGCAGCUGGUUUGUGAAUAGACACAUUGUCCCAUGGAUGAAAGAAAGGUCUUUACUUUGGUUGCAUGGAAAAGCAGACGCAGCGGGAUCGGGAAAGACGAUUAUGACGUCCAAAGUUAUCGAGUAUCUCGAGAUUAUGAAUGAUAGUAUGCUUGCAUAUUAUUACUUUUCGUUUCGGAACAAGGACUCUCAAAGUCUUCGGAAUAUGAAAUGUGCCAUUUUGGUACAGAUUCUAAAGGGGCUUUCUGUUCCUCAUCCCGAUAACGAGAGCAAGUUCUUCAUUCCUCGAGCUUUUCGAAGUCUUUAUGACACUCAUUUCCCAUCCAAGACCCCUCCGAUGGAAGAGUUGGACUCUGUACUAAUAGAAGUCAUCGAUCUAUCCGAGGAAACAUUUCUUAUAAUCGAUGCGUUGGAUGAAUGCGACUCAGAGUUUGUUAGAGGCGAAGUUAUUACUUUCUUGGCCAGCUUGCUCGGAAAGGUCAAAUCAAAGCUUCAUAUUCUCAUCACAAGCCGCUUAGAGGUCGAUAUUGAGACAAAAAUAUCACAGAUAUCUAUCCCGACAAGUUCGGUAGCUCUCCACGCUACAGAUGUUGACCGGGAUAUACGCAAACAUUUACGAGCCCUGAUGAGAGAAGAGGAUUCAUUUAGAGCUUGGUCUCAUGCUCUUAAGAAAAGGGUAGUAGAACACCUUGUCGAAAAUGCGGACGGCGUCUUCCGCUGGGCAGAUCUCCAAAUACAGGGACUGAGGGGCAAAACGCGAGAAAUCGACGUAAACCGAGCGCUGAAACGACUUCCUCGCGACUUGGGCGAAACCUAUAGCCGCAUUCUUCAGCGCAUUGAUCUGAACAACUACAAACUCGAGGCCAUGGCUGUUCUCAGAUGGCUCGCAUGUUCAACGAGACCUCUGAAUCUCGCCGAGAUUGCGGAGCUGGCAGUUUUUGACGUGGAAGAAAGUGAUGAAGCGAACCUGUUGCCUUCUUCUAGCGAGUACGAGGUAUCCUGCGUAUAUCAAAACCGCUUUACCUCGGCCUCGGAGGUCUUGAACAUUCUUUCCGGGCUCGUCAUAAGCACACAGCUAUCUGACAAGGAUCCGCAGCCGCACAACAGCAUCGUCUCAUUCUCUCAUUUCUCAGUUAAAGAGUACCUGCAAUCAAACCAGGUCGAGCCUUCGUAUUUCAAGUUGAUAUUGAGCGAUUGUCAUUGGUUUGUUUUAAAAAGCAGUUUCUCUUACAUGCGAGCCUUCGACAUUGCAGUGAGAGAUAAGCAAAGCUCGAGAAAUUGCCCUCUUCUUCUCUAUGCGUGCUUUUCAAUAUGGGGACAUGCUAAAGAGCCUGAAGUCUUUUUCGCCAAGGGCGAUAAGGGAGAGAGUCUGCUCGCCUCAUUCAUUGCCACUUACGUUCAAGAGUACGGGUAUGCCAUUUCGGUGGCCCUUGAACGUGCAUUCCUAAAUUCACAGCGUAUUCCAGAGGAUGUUUCGCAGUUUAUUCGACACUUCAUCGAGAUGGGGGCUCACAGCUUGUCGACAUAUUCUCAAAUUUACUCAGCAGUUGCUCUUGCAGACUGUAAUCUCAUCAAUUUGCUCCUUAGUUGCAAUUUAGAUGCUCCAUAUGACAUUUUACUGAGAGCAACUCUGGACUUUAACCAGCCAACGGACAUUCAAGUCAAAAAGUCUACAAUAACCGUUGAUUCCGAUAAACAGCUUCAAUUCUCCCCUGUGUCAGGCGUUGUACAGACUGUCGUUAACCAAAUGACCAAGAUCUCUCUUCUGGAGAGUGGCUCUCAAAGGUCACCAUCAUCACGAACUAAUACAGAAAAUCGCAUCGCUGUAUGGAAAAUGCUCCAAGCAGAACCUCAAGUUCAAUUAAACGCUAAAGAUCGUGACGGGAAGACACCACUGCUCUUGGCAGCGAUACACGGCGACAAAGACUUUUUUAAGUAUUUGUUUGCGCAAGAUGGCAUUGAGACAGAUGUACAAGAAAGUCAUGGAUGGGACCUUCUAACCUGUGCCCUAUUGGGUAAAAACACUACCAUCAUCAAGAUGAUACUUGGCCGGGGUAACUUUGAUCUAGACCAUAUGGAUCUCUAUGGCCGAACAAAUUUCGAAUGGAGCACCCAUUUGGGGUUACACGCGGUUCUAGCAUCUGCAUCAAUGAUACCAGAAGUUUCUCGUCAAACCUCCGAGAUGCGCCAGAUUCCAUUCACAGUCGUUAAAGAAAUAGCUACCGAUGGGGAAGUGUGGGCGUGCAUAUUCUCACAAGACGGCUCACGACUAGCUCUUUGCCUUUCCUCCAAUAAGGCUCUGAUCUUUGAUCUUCAAAAAGACGAAUUACAAAGCACCUUGGACCACGAAAAGCCCGUUACUAAAGCGUCCUGGAGUCCGGACGACUCGUUGAUUGUGACCCUCAGCCUUGAUGGUAAGCCAAGAUUAUGGGAUUCCGAGAGUGGAGUGCUGGUCAAAAUAUUACCUCUGCAUCAUGAAGUCGGAAUGGGAUGCCAUUGGUCACUUGACGGCAGAUAUGUCAUUUUGACUUCCUUGAGUGACACACUUGGUAUCGUGACUAUGGAGAUAUCUGAUGGUCAUUAUCGCCCAUGGAUCGAAGUUCAAGGUCUUCGCGUCCAAUCUAGUGCCAUGUCAAGAGAUGGAAAGUGGCUUGUGGCCAUAACAUAUACAAAAGAGCUGCUCAUCUUUCAAGUUGCGGCUGCGGAGCUAGCAACCAAAAUCUCUCUAUCAGAGCGCCCAUCUUGGGUUUCUAUCAGCGAUGGCCUCGGCCUUAUUCUUAUGGGAUACGUUGAUGGGGGGUUCGAUAUUCGGCUUCUUCCAAGCGGCGAAGUCAUUCAGCAACGUCCUGGAAUAAGCAACACUGAUUUUCUGUUGCAAGGAUCUGUAGGGGGAGAAAAUGAUACAUUUCUCUUGAGGGCCGAAGAAAACGGUUAUAUAAGCAUCUGGGAUCUAAAUUCGGGAACUCUUGCAGGGCUCGAACACGGCCACUAUCCUGAACGAACAAACUAUGCCGCGUGGAGUCCGGUCGAUCCAUGUGUCAUUGCAUCUGGCGGAGACGAUCAUAAAUGCAGGAUGUGA